AUGAGCGUUGGGACCUCAUCCUUGGCAUGUCUUGGCUCGAAGACCACGAGCCAUGGAUUUCGUGGAAGACCAAGGAAAUCUACAAGGUCACAUGGUUGA